GGCCGCUGGUCUCCUUCCAGAUCACAACCGCAUCCUCUGGGUCUAGCAGACCAGUGGCCAUCCUCUUCCAGCCUCCAGGACAGUAUUUGAUUCCUCCAGUAUGUCGUCGUCUUCUUCCAGCCCAAGUACCUCUUCUUCAUCGUCAGCUUCUCUAAGCGAAAAUGAAAGUAAAAUAAACCUCUUAUGUACCAGCUCAUCUGAGUUGGUCUUACAGCCACAAAGUGAAGACUUUACCAAAGAUUUGUCUUGUACCCUGUGCCUGGAAUGGUUUAAAGAUCCAGUGAUAUUGCCUUGUGGCCACAACUACUGUAAAUCCUGCAUUGAAGGCAUUUGGGUCAAGAUGGUAGUCUGCUCCUGUCCCGAGUGCCAAGCAGAGUUUCCAAAUAAGCAGUACAUUGCUAACUCUGUGUUAGGAAAGGUAGUAGAAAGAAUCCAGGCCUUUCACAUAGAGAGAUUCCAGCAGAAAUGCAGGGAACACUCUGAGCCCAUUACACUGUUCUGGAAGAUGGAUGGGAAACUGGCGUGCUUUCUCUGCAGAGAUUCCCAGAAGCCUGAAGAUCAAAGCUCCCAAUUCCUUCUCCUGUCAGAUGCUGUGCAAUUGUAUGUGGAACACCUGAUCUCAGCCAGAACUCAAGUGGAGUCCACUCUGCAGGAAUUAAAAACAGUGAAAAAUGCUCAGCAAGAGAAGAUCUCUUGUCACAAAGAAAACAAGAUGCUUCUUCAACAAAACAUCAGCUUACAGUGUCUAAAACUUCACCAGUUCCUUCAUAGCAGGGAGAGAAGAUUAAUGAAUGAACUGCAGGAAGAGGGGAAGAUCUGCCUUCAAGAAAUGGAGGCAAAUCUAAAUAUUCUCCAAGAAAAGUGUCACCAAGCAAAGGAGACACUGUUACGCAUUCAGUCCCGGCUUUACCAGCACAAUUCCAUCAGCUUCCUAACAGGUAUAAAACCCUUUAUGGAAAGCUUGGAGAAAAAUAUAUCCACUCUAUCUAAGGGGGACAUGGUCUCCCAAGAGCUGAACCUGGGACAACUCAAAGGUCCAAUCCAAUACACUUUGUGGAAGGGCAUGAAAUCCAUCCUCAACCCAGGUCUGUCCUCUAUAACUCUGGACCCUAAUACAGCACAUCCAAAUCUCAUUCUGUCUGAAGAUCUGACUUGUGUGAGACAUGACAACACAAAACAGAUGCUCCCAGACACUCCAGAGAGGUUUGACUCCAGUGUUGCUGUCCUGGGAUCUGAAGGGUUCACCUCAGGGAAACAUUAUUGGGAAGUGGAAGUAAAGAACAAGACAAAAUGGACUUUGGGAGUGGUUAAGGAGUCCAUUAACCGGAAAGGGAACAACACAUUAACACCCAUGGAUGGAUACUGGCUUAUAAAGCUGAGGAACAGGAAUGAACUUAAAGCACUGGAUAGACUCACAAUGAGUCUGACACUGAAUACUAACCUUUCUAAGGUUGGGGUGUAUCUGGACUACGAGGGGGGACAGGUGUCCUUUUAUAAUGUUAAUAGGAUGUCUCAUAUCUAUACUUUCAUGGACACUUUCACAGAGAAAAUUUACCCAUACUUUUGUCCAUGUUUGAAUGACUCUGGAGAGAACAGUGAACCACUGAAAAUAUUCAGCAAGAGGGACCAGAUGUAACAGCAACUCCACUGGCAAAACACAUGUUUGUAGACACCAGUGUUUGAAGCCAUAGGCCUUAUAAAAUUAAUAGCAUGCCAUUCUCUAAAACUGGUGAAUAUGCUGCAUAUAGCUUUGCAGUCCCUUCCAA